UCCUAGGAUGGCAGACACACUCCCCACAGAGUUUGAUGUGGUUAUAAUAGGGACAGGUCUGCCUGAAUCUAUCCUUGCUGCUGCAUGCUCAAGAAGUGGACAGAGGGUUCUACAUAUUGAUUCAAGAAGUUACUAUGGAGGGAAUUGGGCUAGUUUUAGUUUUUCAGGAUUGCUAUCCUGGUUGCAGGAGUAUCAGCAGAAUAGAGAUACUGAGGAAGAAAGUGUUGCUGCAUGGCAACACUUAAUUCAUGAAACAGAGGAACCCAUCACUUUUUGCAAGAAGGAUGAAACUAUUCAACACAUAGAAGUUUUUUGCUAUGCCAGUCAAGAUAAAGAGGACAAUGUUCAAGAGAUUGGUGCUCCACAGAAAAAUACCUCCUCAGUGGCAUCUAGUACCGUCAUGGAACCUCUGAGUUCAGCAUACUUGCCCAAAGAAAGUAACUCAUCAUACUUCACUAGCUAUGAAAUAUCUUCCAAACAUACCCCAAAAAGUGAUAAAGACAUUUCUUUAGAAGUAACUGAUGUAAAGGAAUCAUUAGAGAAAGAUAAAAAUUGUAUACACACAGUUUCAGGUGGGAGUAAAGGUGAAAACAAACCUACAGUAGAAGACAACAUUGAUGAGUCAAAGAAAAAUAGGAUUACUUACCCUCGAAUUGUUGAAGAAGGCAGAAGAUUUAAUAUUGAUUUGGUAUCAAAGUUGCUAUAUUCCCAAGGAUCACUGAUUGACCUUUUAAUCAAAUCAAAUGUUAGUCGUUAUGCAGAAUUUAAAAAUGUUACUAGGAUUCUUGCAUUUCGGGAAGGAAAGGUAGAACAGGUGCCUUGCUCCAGAGCAGAUGUCUUUAAUAGCAAAGAACUCACUAUGGUUGAAAAAAGGAUGCUAAUGAAAUUUCUUACCUUCUGUUUAGACUAUGAACAACAACCUGAUGAAUACCAAGAUUUCAAGGAAUGUUCAUUUUCAGAGUACUUAAAAACUAAAAAGUUGACCCCCAACCUCCAACACUUUAUACUACACUCAAUUGCAAUGACAUCAGAAUCAUCAUGUACCACAUUAGAUGGCCUUAAAGCAACAAAAAACUUCCUUCAGUGUCUUGGACGGUUUGGCAACACUCCGUUUUUAUUUCCCUUGUAUGGCCAAGGAGAAAUUCCCCAGUGUUUUUGCAGGAUGUGUGCUGUUUUUGGUGGAAUCUAUUGUCUUCGCCAUAAAGUACAAUGCCUUGUAGUUGACAGAGAAUCUGGAAGAUGUAAAGCAAUUAUAGAUCACUUUGGUCAAAGGAUAAAUGCUAAAUAUUUUAUUGUGGAGGAUAGUUACCUUUCUCAGGAAACAUGCUCAAAUGUACAGUAUAAACAGAUCUCAAGGGCAGUACUCAUUACAGAUCAGUCUAUACUAAAGACAGAGUCAGAUCAACAGAUUUCCAUUUUGGUAGUGCCUCCACUAGAAUCAGGAACCUGUUCUGUUCGGGUCACGGAAUUAUGUUCGUCAACCAUGACAUGCAUGAAAGACACCUAUCUAGUACAUCUGACCUGUGCAUCUUCAAAAACGGCAAGAGAAGACUUAGAAUCAGUGGUGAAGACAUUAUUUACUCCUUUUACUGAAACAGAGGCAGAAAAAGAAGAACUUAGAAAGCCAAGACUUUUGUGGGCUCUAUAUUUUAAUAUGAGAGAUUCCUCAGGAAUCAGCAGAAGUUCCUAUGAUGGUUUACCUUCAAAUGUUUAUGUCUGCUCUGGGCCUGACUGUGGACUGGGAAAUGAGCAUGCGGUCAAACAAGCAGAAACACUGUUCCAGGAGAUCUACCCAGGUGAAGAAUUCUGUCCUCCUCCUCCAAAUCCAGAAGACAUUAUCUUUGAUGGUGAUGAUAAGCAACCAGAAGCCCCUGGAACCAACAACAUCAUAAUGGCCAAGCUUGAAUCCUCUGAGGAAAGCCAAAACUUGGAAAACCCAGGGAAGCAUCUUCAGAAUUAGAAAUGAACAAACUCGAAAUGCUCUUCAUCCUAGAAUCAACAUAUUCGUAUUUAAAGGACAACUUCCCACAUAAAAGAAUAGUAUGCAGUUGUUGUCUUUAAAAUGAUUUGAGACAUUUGGCACUGGGUGUCUUUGUGAACCUAUCAGUAACUGAUUUAUUGGUCACUGAACUUUUUUUUUUGUUUCAGAAUCAGCUCCAUGAUCCAGAAUCUCAAAAAAGGAUUAGCUUUAUUUUAAUAUUAGCAUUAUGUGAGGGUUCCAUAUUAGCAGCUUCACUUAAAGAAAGGUGAUAUUGUGCCUAAUACUGAUCUUCAAAUUUUCUUUGUCUACAGAACAAUUAAUAUCAUUUAGGAAACACUCUAGUUACUCUUGUAGCUACGAAAACUGCUACCACCUCUGCUUGAAUAGUGAAACAUACACAAGUAGUAAAUUAUGUAAGUCUUUUGUAAAUAAUGUAAACAUGUAGACUUGGUAGUAGGAAUAGCAACCAGUACAAAUACCAAUAUGAUAAAAUACAAUUGUUUCUAAUUGUUAAGUCUACUGUUAAUAAUACAUUUUGCAGGUGACUUUAUCUACUUGAUUCUUAUAACCCAUGAGGCAAUGAAAUCAUCAUAGCCUUCUACUUUACAUAAAGAGAGUUUGUAGUUGAAGAACUCAUUUGUGGGAGGUACAUUCCAAAGAAAUUAAAAGUAAAGUUAGAGUCAUUUAAAAAAAAAAGAAUCUGUAGAGUCUUGCUUUGACAUCUAAGAAGACCUUCCAACAAGUAACUCAGGCCAAAAUAAAAAAUAUGUGACCCCAGGAAAACAUACUUCAGGAUGACUUCCAAAAUUCCAAAAACAUAUCCUGAGGAGAAGCUGAGUGAGAAACUUUUCACCUGGGAUUACAGAUGAUUUUAAAAUCCUCUGUUAAAAUAGAUUUUCUCAUCCCAGUUUUCUCAGGAUGAAACAUACUGCCUUGCUGACUCUGUCACUUUAAAUACAAGCAGUGACAAAUAUAUAGAGUCAAAGUAGGACUAACUGCCCCUAUGGUUGUGUCCCAUCCAUAAAUAGUGAGGUAACAGUCUGCAUAAGCACUUCUGCCUCUUGGCUGCAUCUGGAGAAUAAAAACCUUUUGUUUUUCCUCCUAGAACCACCAGAAGCCAAAAAAUUGGUUUACUCCAAUUUCUUAAGGUGAAAACUUAGGGAACUGUCAGAGAAGGUGAAUUUCCACGCUUAGUUCCAUUUCCAUUCCUCAGGCAGAGAAUGAUCUCUUUGGAAUGAUCCAAAGAAACCCAAACCAUUUCAUAACAAUGUUUGCUCUCAAAUAGCAUAUACUAUGUGCUAGGCAUGUGUAAUACUGUGCUUUUGCACAGGUUCUCAACAAUAUAAGGCAGAUUCUAUUGCAUACUCUUUCAAAGAGGAAUGGAGACUCAAUUAUUAAUCAUUUUCUCAGUCUGCUAUGUGGGAGCCAGUAUUGGAACCCAUUUUUUUCAUGAUUCCAAAACCCCUAAUCUUUCCACCUGCCUUAAUUGCUAGAAGAGUACAAGUGCAGUAUGAGAAAGAAAGGGUGCAAAUCUGUUGCUGGGGAAGAAAAAUAGAUCCUGGUCUUGCAGCUUAUUGUUAAAUCAGAAAUGUGAAUAAGAUUAAUUAAAAUAAAUGUUUUAGAGCUAUGAAUCUAAUUGAAGCAGAAUUUGACCAAGUUUUAACAAAAUAAUGCUCUUUGGUAACAUCUUUUGGUCUGAAGUUUGUGUUAUAAAAAAUGUUAAACCAAAAUAUUUUCUAAUUCAGUCCUUCAUUACUCUUCUGUAUGUAAGGAAUAUGAGACAAGAUGGAUUUAAGUAAUUGACAGCAUACUGGAAGUAUAAAAGUCACGGAUUGGUAUUAAUAUUGACUUUUAAAAUAUAGUAAAGUGGUAUUAGUAGGUAGAUCAUAAAGUUUAAAUAUCAAAAUGCCUGAUUGCUACAAAAUAGUAAUUAAAAUAAAUAAAAUUAUAACAAAAUGGAAGUGAAAGUAAUUCAGACUUACUAAAGUUUUUAAGUAUCACAGGUUAUUCAUAAGAAAUCAAGAAAAGAACAGUGAAAAGUUGCAAAAGAUGGUAUCACCAAAUAUAAUAGAAAUAAUAAAAAGCAUUAUAUUAGGCCACAAUAAGGAUUGUUUUAAAAAAUUAACAAAAAACAUAUUACUUUCUUAAUACAAAAUAGCAAGUUUGAAAUGAAACAAGUUGUAAACAGUAAAAGAUAUUUAAAAAUAUAGAAUAUUAUAAUCUAGUAUAAUUUUCUGACAAACUAGGAUUUGACCCCAGUGAAGUUAUUGAUUAACUUUUCAAAUGUUUAAGGAAAAAUAAUUUUAUGUAUCAUGAAAGAUGAUAUACCAUUAGUUCCAUUUUGAGGUACCUAUGGCUUCAAUACUAAAAGUCAAACAUACUUAAAAGGGUCUCAUUCUUAGCAAAUGCAAAAUGAAAAGAAAAAUAUUAGUAAAUAAUACAUCAACAAAAAACAAUUGUUUAUUUUGAAUCAGAAUUAUUAGGCUGAUGUUCAGUAGAGCAGCCAUUACAUCAACAUAAGUAGAAUAAAAUGGCAAAAAUCCAAAGCGUUAGCUACAGCCAAAGUUAGUCUUAACUUUUUAAAGAUUUAACAUUCAUCUUUGAUUUAAUUAUCCUUGUUAAUGAUUUCAAAUCCUUUUCUUAGAGUGAUAAUUACUUUAAGAACUAAUAUUCAUAUUGGGGAAACAUUUCUCAGUUUGAAAUUAAACUAUGUUGGCACCAUUUUCUUUAUAUAGGGUUGAAUAAACUUGUGAUAAAGACAUUCACAAAACGAGAAAGAUAAGAAAACACCACAAAUUUUAUUUUCUAUUUACAUGACUUUAUAACCAUCUAAACUUAUACUGUCACAUAAAUCUAACAAGAGACUAAUUGAGGAAGUUGCAGGAUAUAUCAUUGUUAAAAAUUUCAUUUCUAGAUGCCAACAGUGACUGCAAUUUAAAAGGUGUUUGGGUAUUAAUAUAUAUGAACCAUUUAAAGACUGUUAUGCAACUAUAUUGAGACAAUUUAAGAAAAAUGCUUAAAUAGAAGCAGGUUGCAGGAGCUAAAUUUAAAAUAUGUGCAUACUCCCAUGAGAGACAUCCUGGUAUAAUGGAAAAGUUGUACAUGUGGAGUCCUUACAUCACAUCUUAUUAGUUGUCUCAUCUUGAGAAAACCACUUUUAGCUUGCAGUUUAUCACCUAUAAGUUAGAAAUAAUAAUUACUGUGAGGAUUAAGUUAGUGAACAUGAAAUCAUUGUCCAAAGGAAUACCAAUAUAUGACAUUGGUGUGUAAAUUUUUAUAAUGCCACUUAACGUUCCUACUGAAUGUUUUGUAUAAUUUGACAGAAAGUGAGAAAUUAUCUAGGCAAGUAAACAGGUAAAGAUGUUUUUAGAUUAAGAGAAAAAAUGGGAACUUUGCCCUUCAAGUGUUUGAAGCAUACCUUUGGGUGCUGAGCAGACGGUUUAACUAAUACUAAUAAACACUGAGAAAGAAGUAUUUAACAACCAUUGGUAGAAAGACUAGCUGUUUCAUUGUGAACAUAGAUUCGUAUCAUAUGAUAAGAUAAUUUAUUCCAGUUGAAUUAAAAAGUUAAGCAUAAAAGUAAAAAUAUUGCAACUUUCAUCCCAAUAAUGGUGCCAAGGAACAUCAUGGCAAUAAGAAAUAUUGACAAGGUAGAUCAACUAAUUAAAAAGAUGAGAAAUGCAUAAUAAAUAUAGAGAAAAGAUGGAAUAAAAAGGGUAUUGGCAUUACAUAAGUGGUUAAUAAUAUUUUAAAAGUGAAUGAAAAUCCUUAAGGCUUUGUCCUCUUUACUAGGUAGAUAUAGAAAGGGAUAUGUUACAAAUGAGAAGAUAUUAGUAAAAAUAAAUUUUUAGAAUGAAGGUCAAGUUAACAAAUAUUUAAAAAGGAGAUUUAAAUGUCUUUGACCUAGCUCUUGCUAUUAUAUUAAACAAAAUUUUUAAAUUUGUGUGUCUUCUUACCAGUAGCACUAUUAGUAUUAUUUUUAAAAACUUUUUAGAAGACUAACAAGACUUCUGUAACUGAUUUUUUUUUUAACAUACUAAAUCACUUUGAGUAGCAAAUGUAUGCCUAGGAAAAUAUUUUAAAGAAAAAAAGUUACCUGUAGCAGUUCCUUUCAUACAAAAUUAUUUUUUUUUCCUUUCAUACAAAUUUAAAAGAAAAGCCUAUUAAUUGAGAAAUGGAUAAGUUUUGGUGUGUUACUGUUGCUAUCAUAAACAUAUAGCCAUUAAUUAAUAUUGAUAUAUGUAAAAGUCUAUGCAAAACCUGAGAAUCAAAAAAAUGUUAAUUAGAACAUAAAUUAUAUUUACUGAUUAUAUUCAUAUAAAAUUGUUUGUAUCUGUUGAAAAGAACCAGAAGAUAUUUAAGUAAUUACAGCUUAAUAAGGGGUUCUUCUUUUCUGUAAAAUAUU